AUAAGUAGACAAAUGCAAAUGUUAGCACUAACAGAAGGCGCAUUUUUAAAACAUUUGGAAAUGGCACUUUUAACAACCUCUGGAACAAAAGAUUUUCGUAUACUUGCCAACAAACAAUUGAGUGGGUAUCUUAUAGCUUUGUGGAUUGCCGAAAACCAAUCUGCCAAAGAUUUAUUAAAUCCCUCGUGCUUUGUUGGAUUAUUUGGAUUCUAAAGACCCUCCUC